AUGUCCAAGACGCACCUCGUACACAGGGCACCUGCGUCUGAGACUGUCGUUAAGCCCUGGUCGUAUUCCGAUGAACAGAAUGCCCAGAUAGAGAAUUUACGAUUGUUUGCUAGGGAACAGAUGCUUCCCGAAAGCGAUGAAUACCAUAGUUGGGAGAAGCGAUGGUUGGAGAAGCCGGAUACCGUGCCUCGAUAUAUGCGAGCGGCGAAAUGGAAGUUUGAAGACGCAAAGAAACGUCUGAAAACGACACUUGAGUGGCGUCGUGAGUACAAACCAGACUUAAUACCACCCGACGAAGUGAAAAUAGAAAGCGAGACGGGCAAGAUCAUCUUGAAUGGAUUCGAUAAAGAUGGUAGGCCAGUCGUCUACAUGCGUCCUGGCAGGGAGAAUACACCGACAAGUCCUCGUCAACUACGACAUCUGGUCUGGUGCCUAGAACGAGCAAAAGACAUGCAACCACCAGGCGUCGAAUCAAUCGCAAUCGUAGUAGACUACAAGUCAACAACACUACGUACCAACCCGUCCAUAGGCACGGCCCGAAAGGUGCUAAACAUUCUACAAGCCCAUUACCCUGAGACGCUCGGCAGAGGCCUCGUUGUGAACAUGCCCAGCAUCCUCGCCUUCUUCUACAAAGGCAUCGCGCCAUUUAUGGAUCCGGUAACGAGGGAUAAGAUCCGCUUUAAUCCCGAUCUGCUGGAGCUCAUACCUGCCGAGCAGCUGGAUGCAGAUUUCGGAGGCGAGUUUGAAUAUGAAUUUGAGCCUGAGAGUUAUUGGUCGCAGAUCGUCGAGUACUGCGGGAUAGCACCUGACGGCACUCGGUCGCAAAAGCCUAAUUCAACUGGGUCUAAUGCAGUUUCAGAAGCUUCAGGUAGCCCAGAACUGACUAGUCAAAGAACGAAGGACCAGGAAAACAAGUCGUAUGCCAUCAUUCAUUCAUUCAUUUCGCUUGAGUUUAUAUGA